CUCCUCACGCAGCCUUGCAGUGAGCACAUAGCGAACUAUUCUUUCGCCUUUUACUAAAGAAUACCGUGUGCGCGCUGCUUUAAAGAGGCAUACGUCUAUUUUUGGAGGGAUAAUCCUUAAUUGGAUUGUCCCAACAAUGCUUAGUCCAAUUUUAUCAGUAGUUGCCUAGCUGUUGAGUUACCCGGCUGACUUAGUCUACAGCCUUGAAAAUCUGUAAAAUCGAUGGAAUUUUUAACUCCCCCCAGUGCAUGUUUACUUAUAAUUAUCUUGACAGUGAAAGGAAGUGAAGAUUGUGCAUAGAAAAGGGUUUUGAGUAACUGAAUCCAUCUCCUUUUACUGAAUCGAGCAGCUGCUGCAAAAUCCAAAAUACCAGGUUAAGAUAGGGACUCUCUCGUUUGAAAGAAGUAAAGAAUCCCACUCUAUUCAACUCUGGUUCCUGUGAAACCUUGUCACCCACUCUAGAUUCCAACAAGUUGCCCUUCAAAAAAUUGAGAACCCAUUAUUCAUAUACUCGGUUGACUUCACAACUUGAGCACCACGGCUUCGACAUGUAUAUCUAUCGUACACUAUUCAAUUCCAUUCCCAACCAUUCCCCUCACUAACCUACCAAUUCGUUCCAAACCGCUAUGGCGACAAAUGGCCCACACAAGAAGCAGAAGAAGAAAGGCAGCAAAAAUGAUGGUGUCGCAGUUCCGAGCAGCAGCAAAGAACGUUCCAAACCCCGAAAUUGUUGGCCGAAUCUACCGGAGCAGCUCAUCCGCUUAAUAGCUAGUGAGUCGACUUUCUCCCCCUCCGAUCUGACAGUAGACAGGGAAUGGUCCCUGAUGCGCAACAUCACCAGCACAAGCGUCACCAAAUCAUGGCGAAUCCCAUCACACAAGUCCACCCACUCCAUUUCUGCAGGGCCGUGGCUCGAGCUCCACAACAUCCCUUCGAUUACUAACGGGUUCCAGCGGGUUCAGCUGCACCAGAGGUUCGAGCUCGGUUACUUUUCUUGGGGAGGAAGAUGGAAGAAGCCCGAAGAACCUUCCACUCUGGAAUUCCUGGGAUGCACCCAUGGAUUUCUGGUGAUCAAAUCGUUGUUGUCCCCAAGCAGGGAGAAGGAGAUGAUCCUCUUCGACCCAUUUUUGCGAUUGUCCUGCUUUUUGCCCAAAUGGAGCCCCGAUGUCCCCACUUUGUUACCUGCUCUGUCUUCUUCCUGCCGGUUCCUCUCCAAAGAGCAGAGGAAAAGGAAAUGCCCGAUUGUGAUUGUUCUGACCGGAACCAGCUGCCCGGCUUUUGCAUUUACCCGGCUGGAUCUGCACGGAGAUUCCGACUGGCGAAAGAUCAACUGCAAAAUCGUAGACCCACAUUGUACCCGUGGGCGUUGGAUGCGAUUCAGCAAUGGGAUCUGGUUUCAGGACAGAUUCUAUGCUCUUAGUGUGGAAGGCACGCUCGCUGUUGUAGAAGAAGAUGUGAACUCCGAUCUGCGGAUUACGAAAUUGGGGAAGCAGAGAGCGGUUCCUGAUUCAGAUCUGGCCGCUACGAGGCGUCGUUUCAGGGAGUGCUUGGUGGAAUCGGAAGGGAAAGUGGUGCUGGUUUUUCUGUGUUCGACUAGAUCUACGGAGACGGUGGAUCAUGUGGAGGUUUACAGGCUAGAAUUGAAGGAGCUGGCGUGGGUUAGGGCGAGGAGCCUGGGAGGAGCAGCGUUGUUUCUGGGCUCCAAUUCUUGUAUGUCUGUUUCUGGGGAUAAGUUGUUGGAAUGCAAGGGAAACUCCGUCUACUUUGCUGCUUCCGGCAAUGGCGGCGGCUGGGGUGUUUAUGACACUGAAUCUGGAGUUAUUUCCUCUUGUGCGAGGGACUUUGGUGGCAGGACAGAUCUGUUUCAUGGAUACAACAACUCUUCCAUGUAACCUACAACAAGGGAGCAAAGAGAGAAUACAAGGAAAACACUUGCUGGCUACUUGUUUCACUGACGACAAUUGCUAUAGCUGUUUCUAAUUGCAGACAUUCAUUCCUCCGGUCUGCUUUCCAUCCAAUGGUCUCUACGCUGAUGCUUUGGGGUGAGGGGGCAGAGAGGAUCAGAAACUGUUGUUUGAGACGUUGAAUCAAACAUCAGAAGCCAAACUUUCAUGCCUGUAAUGAAAAUCCCAACAAACAUAAUGCGUUAUCAUUCAUGGCUAAAGAGUAAAGACCUAUCCAAGGAAGAUUAAUACCACAUCGGCCAUUGACUCCAAAGCACCCCUUCCUCUGCACAGUAGCCAAUAUAAACAAACUCAAGUUAUCCUUUACUUCUCACUCAGCCUUGCAAUGAGUACAUAGCGAACUAUUCUUUCGCCUUUUACUAAAGAACUAGUGUGGGUCCUGGCUAGUUGGACGGAGGAAGGUAGGAUGGCAAUGGGUCGGGUUUUGUCAAAUCCAAAUUCAUGGGUUUAUCCGUGAAAAAAAUUCGGGUAAAUCCACUGGGUUUGAAAAACUCAAACCCAACUCAACCCCCAGGGGAUCCGCGGGUUCAUGGGUACCCACAGGUUUUUGUCUUAAAAAAUUUACAAUAACAAGUUGCUAUCAAAAUUAAAGUCAAAUAUCAAUCUCUCAAUACAAAUUAUCCAUAUAUAAAAUACGGGUUAAUUGCAUGGUUGGUCACUGAAAUUACAAAAAACGUUCAAGUUUGGUCACUCGAAAUAUUUAAAUCCAUUGGUGGUACUUAAGUUUACUGAAACCGUUCACGUUUGGUCACUCUCCGUCCAACUCCGUUAAGUUUUGCUGAUGUGGCAGUCAACUCUCAAAGUUGACCGUUAACUUAGUGACGUGGCAAUUAAAAAAAUAUUAAAAAU